CCAUGAUCGAUUAAAAAUCAAGUGCGCGAUAGUUCAUAGACCAAAAACUUCAGAAGAUAUUUAAACUUAACGAGAUUCUUUAGCUUUAUUAUUAAGUUUUUGCCAUUGAAGAAAAAUCAUGGCUCUACAAGCCUCUGACAGAGUGUUCCGGUUUAUAGUCCUGUUUUUCAACUGCCUGCUCACGUUUGGCUCCUACUUCUGCUUCGAUAUGCCAAGUGUACUCCAGGAUACGUUCACCAACCCGGUUCACCAGAACUGCACAGAUGGGAAUAAGACCAUGAACAUCACUCCCCACUGCAAUGUGACGUGUGACGACUGUCUUGAGAUGUCUCCGGACAACUACAACCUGCUCUAUGCCAUAUAUGCCUGGACAAAUGCUGUUGUUGUGAUUGGCGCUGGGUUCCUUAUAGACAAACUAGGGAACAGAAUUGGGCUUUUUCUGUUCUCCUUCCUAUGUGUGUUGGGCUCGUCCACAUUUGCGGCUGGGGCGAUGUUGAAGGGCACAUCAGCAAUGUUGCCUGUCAUGUUGCUGGGUCGACUGUUGUUUGGCUCUGGAAAUGGCUCCCUAACAAUUGUACAGAACAGACUGACAGCGUACUGGUUCAGGAACAAGGAGCUUGCCCUGGCUUUCGGUAUCACGCUGGCGUUCUCUCGUCUCGGCAGUGUGCUCAACUUCUUCCUCACUCAGAACUUUGAGGCGACUUACGGACUCAACUGGACGCUAUGGGGAGGUGCAAUGUUGUGUGGUCUGGGUUUUACAUCGGCCUGCAUUGUCAGUUUCCUUGACAUCUGGGGCGUGAAACAGCUCGGAGAUGCGGACAGUCUCAAGAUUGAAUCAAAGAAGCUGAGAGUGACGGACAUUCGCUACUUCUCGCUGUCCUACUGGCUGCUGGCUUUGACAAUCAUGUUCUUCUACAAUGGCGUCUUCCCAUUCGUAGCGGACUCCAGCAAGUUUAUCCACACAAAGUACCAUAUAAAGGACACGACGUCGGCGUAUAUAUCUGGUGCUGUGUACGAUGUUUCCAUGGUUCUCUCCCCCUUCCUUGGAGGACUUAUUGAUGUAGUUGGUAAGCGUGGCUACUUAGCGUUGGGUUGUGCGGUGGUCACUAUUCCUGUGUUUGGGCUGCUGGCGUUCACGAAUGUGUAUCCACUGGUAGCUACGCUUUGGCUGGGUAUCACCUACAGCUUUGCUGCAGCUAGUAUGUGGCCGUCGAUCCCCCUGGUAGUUAGCCAGGCCACAAUCGGUACAGCAAUGGGACUGACCACUUCCAUCCAGAUGAUCGGAAUAGGUAUCUCAAACCUCGUCGUCGGCCAGAUCCUUGGCAAGGAGAAGGACUCUGAUGAUCCAGUAAAACAGACGGAGACUUUACAUCGCUGGAAGUUUGUGAUGAUCUUCCUGCUGGGGAACACGCUGGCCUGUGUCGUCACAUCACUCUUUCUUAACAUCAACGACAGGAGAAAGGGUGGAAUUUUGAACCUUAGUCGUCGGGAGAAGGCUGCAGCUAUUGGCACAAUAAAUUCUGUAAUCGCGUCCAGUAAUGAUGCCAGCAAUAACUCUUCAGACUCCAGCGAUGAUGAGAGGGAACCGUUGAUAAGGAAAAGGAAUGCUAUUAAUUGAUUAACUGGCAUUAUUGGACAGAUAUCAAAAUGUUUUAUUUGAAUAAAUGUUGUAUAGUAAACUAGGGUGCUGUAGUGGACGGUCCAUAUUCACUUACGUCCUUCGUCUGAGUUUAAGACUCAGACUCAGAAAAGCAAAAAUUUAAUUUUGUUGAUAAAUACUGCUACAUGAAAAGGUAUUAAAAAUAUAUCUACUGGUAUGUGUUUCAAAUAAAAAAAAAUCAACAAUCAGGCAUACAUCUUUUGUUAACAUUAGUCAUAUUAUGAAUUUUUUUAACCAUUAAAGAAAUUCUGUUUUCUGAGCCAGGCUCUGAAACUCAGACCUAAGACAUUAGUAAAUACUCAGGAGUAAUGCUGAAAUCAGGAUUGAAAACUUUUAAUUUCAGACUAUUGUACCGUUGUAUUGAUUGAUUUUUUUAUUGAAUAUUUGCAUCAAAAACAGGAUGUACUUAGAAAUUAAUAAACAUGACUUUGGAAACUAUUUCAAAAGGGGUCUUAGCCCUUUAACCAUAAUUUUUGGCAUUAACCUCUGAGUAUGAUACUCGGACAACGCCCCGGCUAUUGUCUAGUAUCAACAAUUAUCAGCUUUUAGAACCCCUUGUACAGUAAAAUACUUUUGCAUUAUUCUGAUGACUUCUUAAUGUAAAUAAUUAACAUUGAUUGACUUGCCAAAACCAAGUUUGUGCCAAGUGAUAUAAAAAGGUUUGUGUAAAUAAUAAAUAAUAAUUUGCCAAAAUAGAAAAUAAUGUUAUAUUCAUGAUCAUUAUAUUUAAUCUUUAUUGAAUUAAUUUUCUUUCUUUUUUCAUUUUACUAUAAAAAAAGAGCUUAUUUAUAUGGUUGUUGUUGUAUAAAAAUGCUUUUAGUUCUUCUAGUCUUUAACUGUUGCAAUAAAAAAUAAUAGAGCAUACAGUCGAAAGCUGUUAUGUAAAACUCUUUUAUAUCUAUUUUCUGGUAUUGUCGACUCUUUUGUGGUUGAAAAUUUAAUCAUUCUAUUUCUAUAUAAAAACAUCCACUUUUUUGUUAUUUUAUCUGGUAAAAAUGUUCGCUAUAUCAAAGUCAUUCUUUAGUCCCUGCUGUUGAAUUUCACACAUUUCCUUCAUUUUUUAUGUCAUAAUAAUACAGGUCAAGCUGAAGAUGCAAAAUUUUUAUGACGGUUUGUUGUCAUUUUUAGUAUUUCGGUUGUGUUGAAGGUUCGUUAUCUCGAAGUAUUACCCAAUAUUCUGACAACUUUGACAUAAUGGGUUUCGACUUUAUACUGAUUGCUUUUGGUUAGGUUGUGCGAAUAUUUCCUUAAUAGCCACUGCUUUGCCGCAGUGAACCAAUCAAAAUACAUAUUAAGUUAUAAUAGCUUCUUGUUUCUUGAAUACUAAAUUUUGUCAUCUGUUUGAAGGUGUACAUUCUCAGCACCCCAGCGUAUUCAUACCACAUAUGAUGCUGUGGGCAAAUUGGCUCAAGAAACACAUUUUCCGACGAACAAAAUAGUCGAUAAAAGAAAUAAUGAAUCUCCUUUGUGAAGAGCUUUUAUUAAACUUGACAAAAUAUUUGAUUUUCUGCCUUAAAUGAUUUUAAACCCAUAAUCUCAUUGGGUCAUUUGGAACUGAGAUUUCAUCCGUAACCUCUCGGCCAUUUCUGUACCGCAUGACAUGUGUCUCAUGUGACCAAUCAAACGGCUGUAUUUCAUCUCAUUUAUUAUUUAUGAGUAUGAGAUUUUUAAGCUGAUUUGCCUAGGAUAUCAUGUAGGGUAUAAAUAUGCUGAGAUGGAUGGUGUAUACAUGUAGCUGAAAGCUUGUAUAUAUUUUAUGUCGGUGCAAUACUGUAAAUAUUAUAUUAUUUUGCUGAUUUUUUUUGUUGUCUCAAAAUAGUGCAUAUGAUAUCAUAAAAAGAUGGAAGUAAAAACUUCUGUGACUUGAUAACAUUUUAUUUUCACUUAAAAAGUUUUUAUUAAAUAACAUGCUGUUCCGAGUUUUAAUUCAAAAAGUAUUUUUAUUUUAGAUAGAUAAAAUACGUAUGUAGGUUAAUGUGGUUGAUAUUUUUGAAUGUGUGUGAUAUAUUUAAAUAAAUGUGUGUUAUAUUUUUGAAUGUGUGUGAUAUAUUUAUGAAAAUGUGUGUGAUAUUUUUUAAUGUGUGUGAUAUGUAUUUAGGUUAUGUGUGUGAUAUUUUUGAAUGUAUGAAAAAUAUAUUUAGGUUACAGCGUGUGAUUUUUUUGAAACCCACAUUCAUUUAUUGCUUAUGCAAUUAUUUAUACAUUCCAAUUGCUUUUGUUUGUGUAUAAAUAAAGUAAUUCAAUUUAACUUUAUUUGAUGACAAUUUUAUUAUCAAGGGGGGAUUAUCUAGUGUUGUAUACAAACAUGUUUAAAUAUCAUAUCAUUUCUCACUUAGGUUAGAUAUAUAUUGCCAAGGGCAGAACGAAUGACUUGUUUUAAAGUGGACCAUAACCUUUCUGACAAGAACUUCAGGUAAUCUUCAGUUAUGUUAUAUACAAGCAUUAUUCCAACAGGAAUUAUCAUUAGAUUUUAAACAAGAUCACACAGUUAUAUAUACAAGUACAAGAUAUUUUGUGUGCAUAUCACAAAACACCAUUGGUAGGAAUUUCGACCUGGACAUUUCAUAACACGGUUGAAUAAUCAGGAAUUAUAUCUGUAUAUUACACUUAUAAAUAUACAGUUAUUAUCAAUUCAUCAACUGGAUAUCAUAUUGCCUAGGUAAAUAUACAUGAUAUAUCAAUUGGAUAUCACAUUAUACAGUUCAGUAUAUGUGAAAUUUCAACUGGACAUCACACCAUGCAAAUAGAUAUAAGAAUUAUCAACUUGAUAUCACACCAUAGAAUUAGAUUAAGGAAUUAUCACUGGAUAUCGCAGCACAAUGAUAAAUAUACAACAGUUAACAACUGGAUAUGACUUCACACAGUUAAGUAUCAACUGGGUAUUUCAUCAAACCAUUUACAUUAAAAUCAAGGAAGUUGUAACAAUCCUGGUUGUAAUUUUCAUUUUUUUGCACAUUUAGUGGAUUGUAUAUUGCCAUAUAUUUUGUCAUAUAUUUUUGUUUUAAGAAUAUUUGUGUAUGCACCUGUGAAUAUACUCAUGCUAUUUGCUGUACUUUGAUAAUCUUACUAUGCAUGUUGAGCAAAUGAGAUUAAUUAAUUGUGCGCAGUUAUAUAUAUAUGUGAUUGAUAGAUGUCAUUGUAAUUAUACCCCCACCAAACAAAGGUCAAUAACUCAUGAAAGGGUUGAUGAAUUUAAAUGAAUACAGAUUUGAAUGAAUUGGUAGUUAGGUACACAUGUGUAACACCAUGAAAUACAGGUAAUGUUCGACUAUGGUUACAAAUGUCUAUUUUUUAUGAAGUUAUGGCCCCUUUUUAAUCACUCAUGAAAGGUUUGAUGGAAGUAAAUGAUUUGUGCUACACAUGUUUAACAGCUGAAGAUGCAGGUCAAGAUCGACUUUGGGUACAAACCACUAAUUUUGAUCCAUUUUAAUUUAGAACUUGCCAAAAAUACAGCGUUGGAGUCCAGGACAAUAACUCUUUAAAGGGUUGAUAGAUUUUAAUAAUAUUUCGUACAUUUUUUCAACCCCAUAAAAUACAAGUCUGGUUUGACUUUGGUUACAAUCCAAUAUAUUUCAUGUUAUGUCAUCUUUUCGACUUUGCAUUUGCACACAAUAAACACCAGCAUCUGGACGAUAUUAAACUCCUGAAAGUGUUGAUGAAUUCAAACAAUUUCAACACCAUAAAAUACAGUGCAAAUUCAGUUCCUUGAAUACAGAUGUAUGCCCAGGUCUAAUUUAAAGGCUCUGUUAAUGUGUGUGCUGGGAAGGUUAUAAUUAUACUGUUUAUAUAUUUCCAUGUAGGAAUUGCAAAUUUGUGACUGGUGUAAAGGCAUACUGCUCUGUGAUAUUUUUGAAUAUAUAGUUCAAUGCUGAUUAAAAGAAUGCUUGUGUCUUUAUAUAAAAGCUAUGAAAUGCUUUGAUUGUAUUGUCAUUAUGUUACAAAGGGAUUCCUAUUAUAUAAACCAAUGAAAUAUU